GCCGGUCGCGGGGUGCAGGUCUCGUGUGUCAGCGCCGGGGCCAUGGGCAAGCUCAACGUGGUAAUGCUGCGGUACCUCGCGCGGGACCACUUCCGGGUGCUGACUGCGGUGGAAAUGGGCAUGAAGAACCAUGAAAUUGUUCCUGCUAAUUUGAUUGCUUCCAUAGCUAGCCUUAAAUAUGGCGGAUGUAACAAAGUUUUGAGGGAAUUAGCAAAGCACAAACUCUUAGCUUAUGAACGAACUAAAACUGUCCAGGGUUACCGACUGACUAACACAGGGUACGAUUACCUUGCUUUGAAAACUCUGUCUUCUCGACAAGUGAUUACUUCUAUUGGAAACCAGAUGGGUGUUGGUAAAGAAUCAGAUAUUUACAUAGUUGCAAAUGAAGAGGGGAAGCAGUUUGCAUUAAAACUGCAUAGACUCGGGAGGACCUCCUUUCGUAACCUGAAAAAUAAACGUGAUUACCAUAAGCAUCGACACAAAAUGUCCUGGCUGUAUUUGUCCCGCCUGGCUGCCAUGAAGGAAUUUGCCUACAUGAAGGCUUUACAUGAUAGAAAAUUUCCUGUUCCAGAGCCAAUAGACUACAAUAGACAUGCAGUAGUUAUGGAACUUGUUAAUGGUUAUCCUCUGUGCCAAGUACGUCAAAUAGAAGAUCCUGCUUCUACGUACAGUGAGCUAAUGGAACUAAUUGUAAAACUUGCCAACCAUGGCUUGAUUCAUGGUGAUUUCAAUGAGUUUAAUCUUAUGUUGGAUGAUGAGGACCAGGUCACCAUGAUAGAUUUCCCUCAGAUGGUGUCAAUAUCUCAUCCAAAUGCUGAAUGGUAUUUUAACAGAGAUGUUAAAUGUAUUCAAGAGUUUUUUAAGAAGCGUUUCAGCUACGAAAGUGAACUUUUUCCAACUUUCCAGGAUAUUAGGAGAGAGUGUUCUCUCGAUGUUGAGAUUGCAGCAAGUGGCUAUACAAAAGAAAUGCAGGAGGAUGAUGAACUGCUUUACCCAAUUGGCCCUGACAAUGAUGAACAUAAAGCAGAGUUCCCACCACUUGUUGAUAACGUUGGGCAGAAAGUAAAGCUGUCUAGUUCAGAUGAAGAGGAUGAAAGAGAUUUCACAGAUGAAUCAGAUGAUGACCUUGAAAAUAGAUCCACCAAAGACCUAAUAUCUUGUGGUGGUGAUGAUGAUGAUGAUAUUGGUGAAAGUAGUAAAAACACACAAAGUUUAGAUGUUACAGAGUUGGUCCAUGCUGUAAAAGAAGUUGAAGGACACAGUAUAGUAGAGAAAACCAGUUGCAAAGAGCAUUCUAUAGUAGAUCUUUCUGAGAGCAAGAAGAGAACUGAAGCCACAAGUGAAGAUUGGGAAGAUCAGGAAGGUCUUCACAAUAAGGAUUAUGAAGAUGAAUGCCCUGAUCUGGUUGACUUGUCAACAUUAAACAGAGAAUUCAGGCCUUUCAGAAAUGAAGAGAGUAUGGUUCACAUCAAUGAACACAAAAGAAGAACCACAAGUAUCACUUCAACUGGCAGUGUUGGGAGCUGUUCAACAAUUCCCCCGGAAUUGGUGAAACAGAAGAUAAAGCGACAACUGACUAAACAACAGAAAGCUGCUCAGCGGCGGCGGUUGCAGAAAGGAGAGGCAAAUAUUUAUACUAAACAGAGGCGAGAAAAUAUGCACAAUAUUAAAUCAAGUUUGGAUGCAGCUAGUUUUUGGGGCUAGAUAAUUGAAACUUGCUAUAGAGGAUCAGCAUUUUUGUCCAUGGUUUAUGAAUCGGAGAGAAACAGACUACACAGCAAUAACUUUUUGUAAAUUGGAAUGUGCAUAUAUUCAAUAAAUGUCCUUGCUAUAGUAACCUUUUUUCUUUGUUUUUUGUAUUGUAGUCAAAGCCUAACUUAAGUCAGUGGUAAAGGGGCACAGUGAAUAUAGGUAUACUGAAGUAAUAACCUGCAGUAUUUUUUAUAAGCGGAUUUUACUGUAGUGAUUAGACUGAGAUUCUUGAUAGAGCAAGAGUGCCAAAAAUACAGGACAUUGUGGCAAUUAAUGCUGUUGCCACUCAUUCCAGUGUCAAAUUUUGAGCCCUGUAAGCAGGAUCUAGAGCACGGAGCCAUAUCAUCUGACUAGCAGGGUCGCCCAUGGUUCUGGAAAUCUGGCAGUGGCAGGGAGCUCUGGCUCUAGGAGCCACAACACUUAACACUGCUGCAGUGGGCCAGAUGAUAUGACCCUCUGCUACAGAUUGGACCCAAGGACCCGCCAAUGGGACUAGAUGAGUUUGCCCCUGUAACAAAGGGCUCCUUUUCAAAACCUAUUUUAACAGUUCCAAGAAACUGGGGGAAAAAUCCCCACUCAUAUGCAGCUUUCCUUAUUUGAAUUUAGUUGAAGAAUAUCAUGUACACCUGAAAACAGUCAGAACCAAGGUUAUUUACACCUUCACAAAAUCUUAGUCUGUGUACUCGUACAGAGACUAAUCAUCUUUAUAUUAAUAGGAGAGCUUUGAACUCAGAGACUCUCAUUUAUUGUCCCUUUAGCUCCAAGGCUUGGUGCAUAAAUGCACCGAAAAAUUAGAGGUAAAAAUGAUGUUGUGCAGGUCUGGCAGUCACUCAGCCUCUCAGUUUGUCAAAGUAGUCGCCAGUGAAUGCAGAUCUUGAGCAUCUUUUCCAAGAUCAUCUGCAACAGACUAUAUAUCUGUCUGUAUUGCUGUAGUUUACAGAUAAUAAUUUUCUCUUGUAUUUUGAAAAUCUAGAACAGGGCUUCCCAACUUCUUCCUCAGCAUGACCCCUUUUAAACGUUGGAAAUUUGUUGUGACCCCAAAAUGAUGCAGACAAGAUCAACAAGUCAUAAAUGGCAUUACAGUGUUUAUGGUCUUUAUAUUUUUCAUUUAAAACCUUUAACAUUGUUUUAACUUCUUUCUAGAUUUGAAAAACAACAUUGAAUAAAAAGUCUAAAAAGGCUAUUAAAUGCAUUCAUUUGACAUUUAUUUCAAUUGCUUUAACUGUUGAUUAUAUUUACUGUGCCACCAUACUGUUAAACAACCUUAGAUGUCACGGUUAAGUUGAGACUU